AUGGCGGUUAUUGAGAAUCGAGGACCUGAGCUCCUCAAGGUCUGCAUUGCGCUGUUGAUAUUUGCCGUCAUUGCCACGUCGCUGCGAUGCUACACCCGGCUUUGGGUUGUCAAAGCCUUCGGGGCCGAUGAUUGGACGAUGGCCUUUGCUUGUAUCUCUUUCAUCCUGUUUGUUGCUUCUGCUAUUACUGGCAUUCACUAUGGAACCGGCCGCCAUGCCACGGAUCUUUCCACAAACGACUUCGAGGAGGCAAUGAAGUACUGGUGGUUUUGCUAUAUUUGGUAUUGCGUAACGAUGAUCACCUCAAAGAUCUCUAUCGGCAUUUUCCUCCUCCGAAUUACCGUCCACAAGAUGCACCGCUACAUCCUAUAUGUAGUCAUGCUCCUCUCGCUAGUCUCCGGUUUGGUGUUCUUUUUCGUCACGCUCUUUCAGUGCCAGCCCAUGACCUACUUCUGGGCCAAGGCACAAGGCGGCACAUGCGUCAGCCCCGUCAUCAUUGCCGCCCUCACCUACUUCUACAGCGCUUUCAGUGUUAUUUGCGAUUUCACGUUUGCUCUUCUGCCGGUUGUCCUUAUUCGCGGCCUUCAAAUGGAUAGCAGGAUCAAGUGGGCUUUGAUACCCAUCUUGAGCAUGGCUUGUGUUGCAAGUGUGGCCGUAGUCGUGCGUUUCGCGUACAUCAAAGACUUCUUGGAUCCGGACUUUCUAUGGGCGACUAUGGAUGUUGCAAUCUGGUCAACUACUGAGCAGGGCUUAGCCAUCACCGCUGGUAGUCUGGCAACCCUGCAACCCCUCGCAAAGCGGGCCGCCCAAAGAUUUGGCUAUUGGGAGACGCAGAAUACUAAGCCUUUAUCCGAAGAUGCUCUGCCUCGCACGAUCGGGAGUCUCGGCCAGUCAAAGAGCCGCAUAAGAGCCAAAUCUAACGGAGACUUCAGUCUGACUACUCUCGACUGGGAAAAUAACCUUGGACAGUCAAGCCAGGAAGGGGGCCGACAUGUCUUGCCCAAUGAUCAGAUUAUCAUGACAAAGGAAGUCGCCGUAACCAGCAAACGGGGCAGUCUCUGGGGUGGUGCUGCGGAGGAGCGUAAUAAGAGCGAGGAGGAGCUAACAAAUUCUUCAAAAGGCGCAUACAAAAUACGAGUUGCACCCAAAAGCUGGCUCAAUGAUAGAUAA